UUAGAAACUGCAUUAAACUGAAAUUUAGCUGAACUUAGCCUUAGUAUAAAGCCCAAUAACGAAACACAUAAAUUUAGCAAAUCAAUGGAUCAAGGCCCAUGCAUUGACACAACUACCCAAUUAAAAAAUUAAAAAGCCCAAUAACGAAACACAAUAAAUUUAGCCCACAUUUAGCUAAACAUCAAUUUAUUUUAAUUAAAAAGCCCAAUAACGAAACAUCAAUUCUCAAUUAACGGCUUUAACGCCUUCGCUUCAGUCUCGAAUAACACCAUCUUCUUUCUUAUUCCUUCGUCUUCUCCAAGCAACACAAAAAUAUUCAUAAAUUCCAGAAACAAAAUUUAAAAAGUUAUAUGAAUUUCAGCGAAUCAGUUGACUUUUCUGGUUAAUUCCUCGAAAAUGGAGCCAAAAAUGGUGGUGAAUCAGCUGCAUCUGUUGUCAUUUUCUCUGUCCUCCAAUCUCAUUGCCCCUUCCUUCAAUGCCUUAAUCAGAUGUCAUCAGAAAUCAAGGUAGACAUAGGGAACAACUAUGAUCAUUAUGAAUCAGAAGGAGGUCCUCUACACGAGAAUGAUACUAUGGCCAUUGGGACCAACGGAAUCUACAAUACCCUUGACGACUACCAUCAAGGGAAGAAGUCAAUUAGUGACAUUACAUCACCAAGAGAGCGCAGAUCAUUAGGUGACAGGCUUCUUCGUCCCAAUCGAACCACACAAAACAGCAUUGACAACCAUGUAGAUCAAGAGGAAGAAGAUAGGGAGCACAAAACUGUAAAAAAACCUGCUGGUCCACUUGUGUCUGGUGCUGCUUACUGUCUUUCCUCUUGUAGCAUGAUAUUGCUAAACAAAGUAGUUCUCUCAACAUUCAAUUUCAACGCCGGGAUAUCUUUGAUGUUUUAUCAGAAUUUAAUCAGCACUGUAAUCGUUGCUAUUUUGAGUAUAUGCGGGGUUGUAUCAGUAGAAAAGCUCAGCUGGAAGCUCAUUCGGGUUUGGCUACCUGUCAACAUUAUCUUUGUGGGUAUGCUUGUAUCAGGCAUGUACAGUUUGAAGUACAUAAAUGUUGCUAUGGUGACGAUUUUGAAGAAUGUGACGAAUAUUAUGACAGCAGUUGGUGAUUAUUAUUUAUUCCGGAGACACCAGAAUCAGAAAGUGUGGACUGCAAUGUUUUUGAUGAUAAUAUCUGCUGUAAGUGGUGGCGUCACGGAUCUUUCUUUUGAUGCUACAGGAUAUGCUUGGCAACUUAUAAACUGUGUUCUAACAGCAAGCUAUUCACUUACACUGAGAAUGGUCAUGGAAAAAGCAAAACAGCUGACAAAAUCAGGAUCUCUAAAUGAAGUUUCAAUGGUGUUGUUAAACAAUGCAUUGUCAUUACCAUUUGGGCUGGUUUUGAUUCUUAUAUUUGACGAAUGGAAAUAUGUCAUAAACGUCAAUGUUAUUACAAUGCCAAUGUUUUGGGCUGCAGCAACACUUAGCGGAUUAUUGGGACUUGCUAUCAGCUUUACUUCGAUGUGGUUUUUAGGUCAAACCAGCCCUACAACUUAUAGCUUGGUUGGUUCCUUAAACAAGAUACCUAUGUCACUUGCUGGAUUAGUGUUGUUCAAUGUUCCACUUAGCAUACCGAAUCUUUUCAGCAUAUUAUUUGGUCUAUUUGCUGGGGUAUUUUUUGCUAGAGCCAAGAUGUCCUGAUUCUCAGGUUAUGUUGGAUUACUCAUAGGAUAGAGAUACAACAUAGCUCCGUAUCUUCUGUAGGAACAAUUCCGCAGUAGUUCAGUGCGUCAUAAUGCAGCACAGCUGCGAAUACUUCCUCACUUCAUUCUAUUCAUUGUCUCGUGAAUAGUGUAAUCUGGAUUAGUAAAGUGCAACUAAACCUGGUUCAGCCAGAGGUAGUAUUCUACAAGGUGAUCCGUCAUUUUUGUCACUUGGAUUGGCAAUGCAGAUCUAUUUAACCCAUUUCGCAUAGUUUUGCAAGAAAACAGUUGUAUUACUUCAUAUUUAAAAAGUUGGCUGAUAGUCUUGGUUUGUUUCGUUUUUCUUCCAUAAAAAAUUUUGGUUAAUUUGUACCAUUAAUUAUUUGAAGUUGAAAUUUUUUUAUAUAGUUCCUACUUAAAUUUUGGAUAAUUUGUUUUGUUUUAUGUUUGAAGUAUUUAGCAAACGAACUGAAAAGAGUGUGGUGAAACUCUGAAAGCUAUGGUCCUAUCGGAAAAUCCAAGUCUACCCCAAUCCACUGGUAGUUUUAUCACCUGCAGGGUGCUUCUUAAUGGAUCAGCAGACCCUUCCCAGAAAGCACUAGUUGCCUGCAAUAGUUACAUCGCUAUGAUCGAUCAAUAUGAUACAAUGAAGCUAGUAGAAGCUUGUUCCUCACAUUGCGGGCAAUCUUGAGUAAUGAGGUUACUUGUAUUAAAAUGGUGUGUUUUUUCUGAAAAUUUGCAACGUAGAUGGUACAAUUUUGAAUUUAUAUUUUUCUUUUAGGCUCCAUUCACUGUUGGAUCUUGCCAAUACAGUCUCCUAUAGUUUUCGAUAUCAAGAUAGAAAUCUUGAUGUCGUAAUUUGAGAACAAUGAAGAAUGAGAGGUACUCUAUCGGAUAAGUUUUUGCAGAGGCUGAUUAUGCCAUUUGGUCACAGAGAAAUAUAUGGUGUUCUAUGUAUGUGAAAAAUUCAGAUGUAAUAAGGCCCUUAUUACAUCUGAAUAUUUCACAUGAAGGUUUUCUUGCUUUGAGUUUAUUUUUUUGAUGCAAAAUUCUUGCUUUGAGUUUAUGGAGUUGCAUAAGUUUUUUCUUUGUUAACCCAAUUAUUACAUUUAUGGAGUUGGAAGUAGAGAUGUGGUGGAAUGGGAGGGUGUUGUACUACAUGGCAUAUACAACUGUUUAGGUGAUUUUUUUGGAGGGACGAAAGUAGCGGAGAAGAGAGCAAAGCAUUUGUUAAUAGAAUAUGGGGUGUGUGUGGAUUGGACAAAAUAGUAUGCAAAGAUUUGAAACAUUUGGUGAAUAGAGAUGUCCUAAGAAUUUUAAAAUUUAUCAGGAUACAUUGUGAUUUUGAAAUCAAAGAAAAAAAAAAAAAAAAAUCAUAUAUCAGCCUUGAUGACAAUUUCAAUUAACUUGAAAGGAGAAUUCUAUUAAUGCAAAACAUAACUAUGGUAUGAUUAAAGGAGUAACAUAAAAUUAACAACAAAAAUAUAGCAAUUGUCAACUAAUUUAAAGAAAUUCAUCAAUGUAAUCUCCAUAAUUGUCUUCCUUGUUUUAAGCUGAGUAAUACUACACUUCUUCCAUCCAAUCAAAACUCUCCUUCAUUUGAUCAACAUAUUGGCAGACGUUGUUCAUGAACUCAUCAUCAUCAUGGCUCGAGCUUACUACGGUUGAUGGAGAAGAC